AUGAACGAAACGGACUUGGUCGAUGGGGAGUCCGUGCAUGAGCUCAUGUCACGUCAUGAUGGACUCACAUACAGUGACUUCAACAUUCUUCCCGGUGUGAUUGACUUCUCCGUUCAUGAUGUGAGGCUCGACACACAAAUAACGAAGAAUAUUCGAAUAAAGGCGCCUCUAGUGUCGUCGCCCAUGGACACAGUGACGGAAAGCGGAAUGGCGAUCGUGAUGGCGCUGUACGGUGGUAUGGGUAUCAUCCAUGCGAAUUUUGCAAGAUUAGAAGAUCAAGCUGCUGAAGUGCUCAAAGUGAAGCGUUUCAAGCAAGGCUUCGUGAUGCAACCGCAUUGCCUGAAACCAGACGCAAGUCUCUGGGAUAUGUUGCAGAUCAAGAAGAAUUACGGUUAUACCGGAGCACCGGUCACCGAAACUGGCAAAGUCGGUUCAAAAUUAAUAGGUUGGUUUAAAGAUAUCUCUGACAUCAAGAAAGGUAUGAUUACCUCUCGCGAUUUCGAUUUCAUUGACGUCGACGUGGAAGUUCAAAAACGAACACCGAUAACCGACAUUAUGGUCGAUGGCAGUAAACUCGUUCUGGGUGAUAUAUCGCUAACCAUGGAGAAGGCGCAGAAAAUUCUCAAGGACAAUCGGCUAGGUAAACUUCCUAUUGUCAACGAUAAAGGUGAACUUAUCGCGUUGCUGUGUCGAUCCGAUUUACUAAAGGCUCGUGACUAUCCGAUGGCAUCCUACGAUUCGAAGGGCCAGUUAUUGUGUGGAGCUGCCAUCAACACCAGGGAGACGUCCAAAAAGGCUCUGCAAUUGCUGGUAGAAGCUGGAGUUGACGUUAUUGUGAUUGACUCGUCAAAUGGUUCAUCGACAUAUCAGAUUGAAAUGCUCAAGUACAUAAAGAAAACCUAUCCGACUCUGGAUGUCAUUGCCGGAAACGUGGUGACCAAGGCGCAAGCGAAAUUGCUGAUCGACGCUGGUGCUGACGCGUUGCGAGUCGGAAUGGGCAGUGGAUCAAUUUGUAUCACUCAAGACAUUAUGGCUGUCGGAAGAGCUCAAGGUUCAGCGGUGUACGCCGUAGCCUCAUAUGCGCGAAGCAGAGGAGUGCCCGUACUUGCGGAUGGCGGAAUUCGCGAUGUCGGUUACAUUACAAAGGCGGUCGCUCUAGGCGCAAAUGCGGUCAUGAUGGGAGGUCUUCUGGCAGGUACCACCGAGGCACCAGGGGAGUAUUUUUGGGGUCCAGGUGGAGUUCGUGUGAAAAACUACCGCGGCAUGGGUUCACUAGAUGCGAUGGAAGCACAUACGUCUAGUCAAGACCGAUACUUCACUACAGAUUCGGACCAGAUCAAGGUUUCUCAGGGUGUUUCGGCGACUAUGAAAGAUCGUGGUUCAUGCCACAAAUUCUUACCAUAUCUAGUUCGCGGCGUGCAGCAUGGCUUUCAGGACAUUGGUGUACGUUCGCUGGAAGAAUUACAUGAGAAGGUAGCAUCCGGUAAAGUACGUUUCGAGAAGCGUUCGCCGAAUGCGCAAGUCGAAGGUGGUGUGCAUUCACUUCAUUCGUAA